AUGGAUCCUUCUGGUUCAUCCAACUCUUAUUUCUCCGUCAGCUCCACCGGUCCUGGGGCUGUCGUGCUCCUCAACUGGAAAGAGCUCAAAAAGUGGGAUGAGUUUGAAGAUGCUUUAGAGGAGAGGAGGCAUGUCAGUGACUUGAAGUUUGCAAUGAAAUGCUACACACCUCUUGUCUAUAAGGGAAUUACUCCUUGUAAGCCAAGUGAUAUUAAAUGUAGUAUUCUCAAUUCUGAAGAGAUUCAUUACUUCAUUAAACAGCUUUCCAAGGAAUCCCUUCAACCUGUCGAGGUCCUCCGAGAGGAAGCCUGUGAGAUCCUGGAUGAAAUGAGCCACAAGCUGCGGCUAGGAGCCAUUCGGUUUUUUGCCUUUGCCCUGAGUAAAAUAUUUAAACAGAUUUUCUCAAAAGUGAGUGUAAAUGAAGAAGGGAUUCAGAAACUACAGCGGGUCAUCCAGGAGCAUCCAGUUGUCCUGCUGCCCAGUCACCGGAGCUACAUCGACUUUCUGAUGUUGUCUUUCCUUUUGUACAACUAUGACUUACCUGUGCCGGUCAUAGCAGCAGGAAUGGAUUUCCUGAGAAGGAAGAUGACUGGCGAGCUGCUGCGGAUGUCAGGGGCUUUCUUCAUACGGCGCAGCUUUGGUGGCAAUAAACUCUACUGGGCCGUGUUCUCCGAAUAUGUGAAAACCAUGUUACAGAAUGGUUAUGCUCCCGUUGAAUUUUUCCUCGAAGGGACAAAAAGCUGCUCUGCCAAGACACUGACUCCAAAAUUUGGUCUUCUGAAUAUUGUGAUGGAACCAUUUUUUAAAAGAGAAGUUUUUGAUACCUACGUUGUUCCAAUCAGCAUCAGUUACAAUAGGAUACUGGAAGAAACUCUGUAUGCAUAUGAGCUUCUAGGGGUUCCUAAGCCGAAAGAAUCUACAACUGGAUUCUUGAAAGCCAGGAGAAUCCUUUCUGAGAAGUUUGGAAACAUCCAUGUGUGCUUUGGAGACCCUGUGUCGCUUUGA